AGGGUUGGAUUGGUCAUUUCAAGAUUGUCACAAGCUGGGAUAAAUAUUUAGUGUGCAAACUUGCUCACAAUCUUAAAUCUGCUUACAUCAAACGUGCGACUGACUGAUUGUGCAACCAGGAGAGCAGACGUGGAAAAGCAGUAGUGCACUUAGUGCACACGCAAUGACAGGGCUUGUGCAAGCUCCAGAACUUCCGCCUUUACGAAGGGAAAGUGAUGCUGUAAUAGCACAGUGUUGUAUUAGUCAUCUGGAUGGACGUGUAAAGAACGAUCAAACGCUGAAGCAGGUGCACUGACAGCACUACCAGACUAUUCACAAUGACUACAAAGUCCCCAACUCGAGAAGAGUGUGAGGAUUGGACAGUGGAUGAACUGAAAAAGUACCUGUGGCAGAACAACAUGCAGGACUCUGCAAAUGUGGUAAACAAAUACAAAAUAAAUGGCUAUAUGUUUUUGAAUUCUUCAGAUGGUCACCAGAAUCGAUUCAAUUCAUUAGAAUAUCCACAAAUACAAAAGAUAGUCCAGGACAUUAAGAAGAACGAUGGUGGAAUUAUCAGAAAAUUUAAAAAGUUUCAUACUCAACAAGCAGCCUUGAUCCGCAAAACUGGGAAAAAUACGUGGGAUCGAUUCACAAGGCCUGCACCACCCAAUGUUCCUCAGAGAGAUUAUAGCAACCCAGGUGCUGAAGAAGCAGAAGGGCAAUGGUCCGAGGAUGAAUUUGAUAACAGUGAUUAUGAAAACCCAGACGAAAAUUCUGAUGGCUCAGUGACUUAUGAAGCUCCAGGUGAAGAUGAUGAAAAUUACGAACCCCCACCGAGUGAAAAUAAAACAAAGAUUGUUUCCCGUCCUCUCACUUCCACUAAGAGUGAAUAUGCAGACCACCGACCAGGAAGCAGUAAAGCAGCAGCCAUCUCAAGGCCAGGGCCUAUUCUGCCAAAACCAGCAAAUUAUUCUCCAAAAUUAUUAUGUUAUCCUCCACGACCAGCACCAAGAAAAGGGAAAAGGGAAGAUGAUGAGGAUGAUUAUAUUGUUCCUGUGGAAAAUAAUGAUCCUGAUGAAGCGUACAUUGAUCCAACUGAGACUGACCCUUCAUUAUCCACAAAACCUCCUGUGAUAGACAGAGCAGCCAAACCACCAACCGGCCCCUCCAGUACUAGAGUUGUUCCAGGUCAAGCUGCACAACCUUGCUCAGAGAGUCCACCAGGCAAUGACGUGUAUGAGAUUCCAGAUACAGAGGAAACGCCUCAACCAGCGCAGAGGGUCAAACCACAACUUCCUAAACCUGUACCUAAGGGGGCAGGAAAUCCUUCAUUGUUUCUUCGCACGUUCCCAAAAUUGACUGUUGCAUCAGAAAGAAAAGGGUCACUCAUGAACAGCAAAGCACCUUCUGCAUCCCAUGAUGUUGAUUCUGAAGAUUAUGAAGUAUGUGACCCUGAAUCAAAUGAAAAGCCUGAAAUUCCAGAAAAACCUACAAGAUUCUCCAAUCCAUCAGCUGAAGCUCCCAUUCUACCUGCACGGCCUUUUGACAAAAAACCACAAGCUCUCAGACUACCACCUAUAAAUAAAUCAAAUGCUCCAGAACUUCCCAGUCGACCCAUUGGAACUCUUCCCAGACCAAACGUCCCUCCACGUCCUCUUAGUCCCAGUUCCAUAGAACAGGAUUCAAGUGUUAAUGGCAAACCAUGGUAUACAAAUUAUGGUGACCGAAAAGCUGCAGAAGAGGCAUUAAACAAAUCAAACAAGGAUGGAUCUUUCCUUAUAAGAAAAAGUUCUGGCCAAGAUUCAAAGCAGCCAUAUACAUUAGUUGUAUUAUACAAAAGAAGGGUUUAUAAUAUCCCUGUACGUUAUGUUGAAGCAACAAAAGAAUACGCAUUAGGUAGAAAGAAGAGUGGAGAAGAUAGAUUUGCCAGUGUUGCUGAAAUAAUUGAGAAUCAUCAAAGAAAUGCCCUGGUACUCAUUGACAGCCAAAAUAAUACCAAAGAUUCCACCAAGUUGAAGCAUCCCGUCAAAAUCUCAUAAUUUUGUGAAGACCUCCAGCUGAACUAUUUCUGAUUCCCAAUCAGCAGGAAACAGUCAGAUACUUAUGAUAAUGUAUUCAAUCCUCACUGAAGUUAAAUUCUGCAUCGAUUACAUCAGCACAUUGGAACUCGUGUAUAAAAUGUACACUUCAACAAUUGAUGUCCUGAAAUCAAUAAAACAUGUUUGUAACACCAUUGUACAAUAACUAAAUUGGACAAGUUUCCACAACAAAAGAAUAAAACUGUUGAUCUAGAAGUGAAUCAAAGUAUGAAAAUUAAAGUAUGAAUAACUGUCACACACUGUUUAUUCAAGAACUUAUGUUUGGAAAAUUGAGAAGAUUGUAAUCAGUUUCAUUUUCCAUUAUGUUUAGUCAAGAAGUUACAUUUCUGGGAAUUAUUACUCUUCUCUAAUUUGUAGUAGGUUACAUGAUUUUUUGGUAAAUCAUAUGCUUCAGAAGAAAUGUUAGUACUUCAAGUGAAGGUAUUUAAAUUCUUCAAGAUAUUUUCUGACAUGGAAGAUGCUAAAUGUGCAAGUUAUUGUAUUAGAAAAUUGAUCCAAAUAUUGUGCAAUAACUUGAUAAUGUUACAUUUAUAUAUCUAGCAAUAAAAUCAACAGAAAUAA